CUCACCAACCUUUUCCUCUCUUUCUACUCUUUGGGUUGGCACUAUAUUUCGGUCACCAAGAUUCCACCGCGAAACUGCAUGGUGCUGUCACCACCACCACCACCACCACUCUUGCAGCCGCCACCGCAGACGACGGCGGCGCCACCAUUGCCACGGGAAAAGUACAAGUCACGUAUGCUGCAGGCUGGGCCUUUCGAGCGUCUGCCCAUCAGGUUCCAAGCGGCCCAAAUCCAGAGCAGAACAAGCACAAAUUUAAAGAAAAAUGAAAUCGAGUUGUUGAAAGUGACGCAGAUGAUAGAGAAUUAUGCUCAGAGAGGGCAGAUCAACAACCUCGCUGCACAAUUUAAUGUUUCUAGAAAAAUAGUGAGUACCAUAUGGGCCAUUGCAAAGAAACAACUAGAGCAGGGGGUUGCCAUCAAUGUGAGAAGUCGGUUUAUAGCAAAUAGUGGCAGGAAAAGGAUAGUGAUGGAUGCACAAGCAAUUGCAGAGACUCCCCUGCGGAACAUGACUACUAUAAAGAGUUUAGCAGCUGCCAUUGGUAAGCCGAAGUCCACCGUUCAUGAGUGGAUAAAAAAAGAUUGCCACAUAUGGGGAAAGACAGAAUGGCCAGGGCAGGGGGUUGCCAUCAAUGUGAGAAGUCGGUUUAUAGCAAAUAGUGGCAGGAAAAGGAUAGUGAUGGAUGCACAAGCAAUUGCAGAGACUCCCCUGCGGAACAUGACUACUAUAAAGAGUUUAGCAGCUGCCAUUGGUAAGCCGAAGUCCACCGUUCAUGAGUGGAUAAAAAAAGGUAUGCUUAGGAGCCAUUCUAAUGCUAUCAAACCGUACCUAACCGAUGCCAACAAAGUGGCAAGGUUGAGGUUCUGUUUGAAUCAAGUUGAACGAGACAGUAUGCCCCUCCAGCCUCGGUUUAACAGUUUUCACAAUGUUUUACACAUUGAUGAGAAAUGGUUCUUUAUGUCCAAAACAUCACAAAGGUUUUACCUGCUACCUGAUGAGGUAGACCCAUACAGAACAUGUAAAUCAAAGAGGUUCAUAACAAAGGUCAUGUUCUUGUGUGUGGUUGGAAGACCACUAAUUACUGAUGAUGGAGAAGUGUUAUGGGAUGGCAAAGUUGGCAUCUUCCAUUUCAGUGAAUUAGUGAAAGCAAAAAAAAGAGCAAGAACAGGGACAAAGGAGUUGUGGAGGUGAAACCCAUCACCACUGUUACCAAACAAGUGACAAAAGACAUGUUAAUCAACAAAGUGAUUCCAGCUAUCCAAAAAAAGUGGCCUGCACAAUUAUCUAAAGACAUACACAUCCAACAAGAUAAUGCAAGGCUACACAUUCAAGGACUAGACUCAGACUUUGUUGCUGCAGGUAACAGCAAUGGUUUUCACAUCAGCCUAGGUAAUCAACCCCCCAACUCCCCGGACUUAAAUGUACUGGACCUUGGUUUUUUCAGAGCCAUCCAGUCUCUAAAAGAGAAGUGUGCUCCAACCAGUGUGGGACAGUUGUUAGAGGCUGUGGAGGGAGCCUACAAUGCUUUAACUCCAGAAACUCUAAAUAAGGUAUGGUUGACUUA